GGGUGAUGGUGACAGUGGUGGGAUGUAGCAGCAGCAAUGGUGGUGGCGGCAGCUGAGGUAGUGGUGAUGGUGUGGCAGUGGUGAGGUUGGUUGCAGUGGCCUCAGGUGAGAUGACGGCAGCUGACCCAGCUGCUGUUGCCGCUGACGCUGCAUCUCCUGCUGUCUUUAGUCCCUGCUUACCUUCCUCUCACUUCCUACCUGCUGCUGCUGCUGCUGCUGCUGCGGCGGCGGCGGCGGCUGCAGCUGCUGCUGCUGCUCGUCCUCCAGUUCCCUCCCUCUCUCCCUCCCCCACACUACAGCCUCACCACGGCUUGUAUCAUCUCUACAGUGCCAAGAGCCAGAGGGCCAGUCCGGUGCCACAGUCAUGGGAUGACCAUAGACAUGACUACCUUGCAUCGCUUCGGGCUGGCGCCAGGGGAAGCCCGGAGAGGGGCGGGGUGACGUGGCCCGUGUGAGGACCCCCUGGGGUGUCCACGACCCCCAGGGGAGGAUCGCUACCGGCGACCCAAGUGACACACGCCCACGCCCCCCAGCCCACGCCCCGCCAUGAACAUCGCCAAGCUGCGACACACGUUUAUGCGCUCUCGGACGCCUACGGGCGCCGAGAUGAAACAACAAAACAGCCUUGAGGUUCCGCCACAGAUCCGCUCUGCCUCGUUCGACGAGAUGCAGCUCAAGCCGGCUCGGCGAGAGUCGUCGUCAUCGUCCUCUUCGCCGGCAGAACGGCAGUCCUUCCUGCUGCGGGUGCCGUACCUCGGGCCGAAGCGUUCCAAAAGCUUCGACUCGGGCUGCGGCGAUGUGGACGACACCGACUCCUCCCGCAAAAAGAACUCGCGUCCUUCCUCACUUGACAAAGCGAGCCAUCAGUGCGUCCAUUGCGUAUACAUAGAUGAGCUCAGCCGACGCUUCAGCUGCGAGGGCAGAAGACUCACCCACAACAUGUCACUAGACUUCAUGAGUAGUCUGGACAGCUCGCGAGAGGAGGCGGAGGACGAGCUGGAGGAAGACUGGGACGAGGACAGCUCCAGCGACGAGCUGCACGAGGUGAUCUGUGGCAUCAAAGUCACGUUAAGUCCCAACUCUCCCUCGUCGGCGUCUCCCACGCAAGAGGAAGUGCCGAUUCCGACAGCGGCUACCCCUUCGCCGCGCAUUAAAACCGUGUCCCCGAAGCUGGAGCGUCAGCCUGCCAUUUUCUGCAUGAACACAAGUACCGAGCUCAGUUCACAGGAAAACAGCGUUGAUUUAAGUGACGGUGGUUACAGCCACCAUGGUUCCUAUUUGUACCUGGGUUCCUCUAGUGAUUACGGCGAAGGGGAGCAAAGUGGGGAACAGGGGAGCGGCGGGGAACAGGGAAGCAGUGGGGAACAGGGAAGUAGCGAGAAGGGAAUCGGAGAGGAAAAAGGGAGGGGUGGGGAGAGGCAAGAAGGAAAGGAGGAAGGGGUGACAGACGUGUUCUUGGAGGUGCCUCCCCGUCGAGACCGCGCGGCUUCCCUCGACGUGUCCUUCGCUACCUUCCCCAAACCCGAGGAACUGAUUAAGGCCGCGACCGCAGGACUCACACGCUCAGUCUCCCUCGAGCCCCCAAAAUCUCUCCGAUCUAAGAGCAUCGAUAUUGAACUACCCACUGAAGAGGACGGCAACUACAAGGUGGUGGUGACCUCUCCCAAGACCAGGAGGAAGGCCAUCAACUCUGAGGUGGAGAUUCAGUGUGAGAAUGGAGAGAGGAGAGUCUUGCGCUCCACCUGUGACUGGAAUGAAGGAGCCAUUAAUGGUGACCACUUGUGGUGCCCCACCUCAGCCUCUGGUGACUUCUGCUACGUUGGCGAGGACUUCUGCUGUAAAUCGGGGGCCCGGAUGAAGUGUUCUGCGUGCAAGAUUAUCGCUCAUACAGGAUGUAUCGCAGCGCUGGUCGAGAGGGUGAAGUUUCCCUGCAAACCCACCUUCAGGGACGUGGGUCCCAGGCAGUACCGCGAGCAGACGGCUACUCACCACCACUGGGUACACAGGCGCAGCCAGAAGGGCAAGUGCAAGCAAUGUGGCAAGGGAUUCCAGUCGAAGCUACUGUUUGGCUCCAAGGAGAUCGUUGCCAUCAGUUGCUCCUGGUGUAAGUCAGCCUACCACAACAAGGAGAGUUGCUUCAACAUCAGCAAGAUAGAGGAGACUUGCUCCCUUGGGUUGCAUGCCAGUAUCAUCGUGCCUCCGUCUUGGAUUGUGAAGCUUCCCCGACGCGGCUCCUUCAAGUCCUCACUCAGGAAGUCUCCUAAGAAGCGCGCAUCGACCAAGAGGAAGAGUCGUGAUAAGGAGGACGAGGAUGAAGAGCAAAAUGAUAAGGAGACGCGACCCUUCGCCAUUAAGCCCAUUCCCAACGCCAACAUCAAACCUCUGAUAGUGUUCAUCAACCCCAAGAGCGGCGGCAACCAGGGUGCCAAACUCAUGCAGAAGUUCCAGUGGCUGCUCAAUCCACGGCAAGUGUUCGAUCUCACCCAAGGAGGCCCCAAAGCUGGGUUGGAGAUGUUCCGAAAGGUGACCAACCUGAGGGUGUUAGCUUGCGGCGGUGAUGGCACUGUUGGCUGGGUGUUGUCAGUGCUGGACCAGCUCAACUUCCAGCCUCCUCCAGCAGUGGCUGUAUUACCCCUGGGCACCGGCAAUGAUCUCGCCCGUGCUCUCGGCUGGGGAGGAGGCUACACAGAUGAACCCAUCAGCAAGAUCCUGUGCAACAUCGCUGACGGAGAGGUGGUUCAUCUGGACCGCUGGCGCGUGGAUGUUGUCAAGAACGAGGAUUAUGAGCCCACGGAGGAAGGCAGGGACACCCUGCCUCUCAGUGUCGUCAACAAUUACUUCUCCUUUGGUGUCGACGCUCACAUUGCUCUCGAGUUCCACGAAGCCAGAGAGGCCAACCCACAGAAGUUCAACUCUCGGCUGCGCAAUAAGAUGUUUUACGGGCAGGCAGGAGGGAAGGACCUGCUGCAGCGCAAGUGGAAGGAUCUCUCAGACAACUGUACCCUGGAAUGUGACGGCAAGGAUAUGACUCCCCUCCUCAAAGAGUACAAGGUCCAUGCUGUCGUCUUCCUCAACAUCCCCAGCUAUGGAUCAGGUACUCAUCCAUGGAACAGGAGUGGUGGGGUGGAGCAACACACAGAUGAUGGUAUCAUUGAAGUCAUUGGACUCACCACAUACCAGAUGCCACUGCUGCAAGCUGGAGGUCACGGGACAACAAUUUGUCAGUGCAAGAGAGCUCGAAUCAUCACGAAGAAGACUAUACCCAUGCAGGUGGAUGGUGAGGCAGCAAGAGUCAAUCCCAGUAUCAUAGAACUCACCCAUCUUAACACAGCCUCCAUGGUCACUAAGAAGAAAGCCAAGUCUAUCACGAUGCCCCAUCUGGAACAGCUUCGUCUACAAGUCUCGAGAAUCACAAUGUUCGACUACGAGCAGCAUCAUUAUGACAAAGAGAAACUACGCAGCGCUUCCUCUCCCAUUGGCCUAAUUAUGAUAGACCAGGAUGCUGAUCUUGAGCAGGUUCGGAAGCAUAUAAAUCGUAUGAUGGAAGAGACUGCUCAGAAGGGGAGGUCAGCCAGGCCCUUGAGUGAGAGUUGGUGCUUCCUUGACUCAUGCACGGCUGAAAGGUUCUUCCGUAUUGAUCGAGCCCAGGAGCACCUACACUAUGUGACAGACAUUUGCACUGAAGACUUGUUUGUGUUGGACCCCGAGCUCAUUGACCCCACCAGUAUUGUCAGUGGUGGUGUGAGAGGGGAUGUGAGCGUGGACAACGACAUAGACCAUAGCGAGAGGAUGGCCAUGGUAAGCGACAGUGACUCUGGCGUGGGCGGAACUGAUGCGGAGCAGCGAAACCCCACCUCUGCCCUCACCGCCAGCCAAGACUCCUCUGACACCGGGGAGGAGGAGGCCCUGGAGGCCCGGGUACCCAGCUUGCAUGAACGUGUCUUUGGUCCAGAAUACUACCCUCCCAGUCACCUUCUUGAGAAAAACUCUGAUGGAAUCAUAAAGGCUGCAAAACAAGGGGACUUAAAGAUGCUAAAGGAUUUGCAUUCUCAAGGAUACUCAUUGUUAUCAAUUGAUGGUCACGGACAGACUGCUCUUCAUUUUGGUGCUCGGCAUGGAUACAAAGAUAUAGUGCGAUACCUAAUUGCAUCCGCUCCACCUUCCAUCCUUGACAUGGUGGACACAGAGAAAGGCCAGACAGCACUUCACCAGGCUGCACAUAACCGACGACGAACAGUGUGUUGCAUGCUGGUAGCAGCAGGUGCAUCCCUGACCAUCAGAGACCUGCAGGGCAACACACCCAGGGCUCUGGCACAACGUGCAGAUGACCAGGAGUUGGCUGCCUAUCUGGAGAGCCAAGAGAAAUUCUCUCAACCCAACAAUAGUAAUCUCAAUUACGUUGACUAAACUGCGAACAAAUUAAAAAGCUUCCCUAGGCCAGGAGCAGUUUCAGACCAUGGUUCAUGAGGACUUGGAGACCACCGUAUGAUUGAGGCUAUACCUCGGCCAAGGAGCAUGGCAGUCCCCCAUCAUCCUCUGGCUGAGCUUGGCAAUCUUCAGAGCGGAUGAUCUCCUCCUGUAUAAAGACAGUUAUCAUGUUUGAUAUAGCUUGGUUUUUAAUGUGUUUUGUAAGCGUUAACAUUGAGGGAUGACCAGAUAAAUUUCAUCUCUAGUCAGUCAGUUUAGAAACUCUAUCUCAAGUUUGUCAAGCCUCUUUUGCUAAGUAUGAAAAGGACGGAUAAGUAGCGAGAAGUAUAAAUGCUUGUAUUUAAGAGUACAGCAAAGUUUUUGGUCAGGAAAAUUCAGAAAAAGAAAGUCUGCUCUACUGUUGGUCUUCCACUGUGAACAGCUGUUGGACAGUGAACAGAUGGAGACCUGGUUGCUAACCUAAGUCAUUCCAGUCAGAUAUAAGAUAUUAUUUAAUGUGUCUGUGUAUUUCAUGUGUAGGUUUUUUGAAACCCUUUUAACUUUAAGUAUUUAAUACCCAUAACCUGCACACUGUAAAAUUCCUCCCCCACCCCACUUUCACCCCUCCCUCAUAAGUCAUAAGCUUAGCGUCCCACUGUGCUUGAAUCAUAUGCUACAUAAAUAUAUAUAUAUAUAAAUAAUUUUUUUUUUAAGAAUAAUAUAUCUAUUUAAAUUUCAAUCUAUUAAGUGUAAUACAGUAUUGUUGUUUUCCCAGUUAUUUUUCUUGUAUGGCAUCUGUAGAUAGAUAUGUGCAGUAUGGACAUAUCUGUAUUGUAGUGCUUGUAGCUUCUUAUUUCAUCAACACUAUUGGUUUUCCAAGAUCUGCUCAUUUAAGGUCGUUUUAAAGCACAGUAUUGAUUGAGCAUUGAAGAGUAAUAAUACUGAGCAAGUCAUUAAGGGAAUGAUGGGACAUUAGUUUUGUUUUUUCUUGAAGACAGGCUAUAUUAAUUAGGUAUACUUGCUAUGUUAUGAAAUAUACCUAUAGAAUUUACAUAGGUGAAAGUUUAGUAUGAAAAGAUGAAGUUAUUAAAGAGUAUUUAGUGUUAAAUGCCAGCAUGAAAUGCUAGCCUGAAUUGCUUGGUGGCGUUGUACGCUGUCUCCCCCCAAGUACCAAGCAUGAGACUAGUACAAGUAGACAGUCCCGUCAUGACGAAGUCAGUAGUGCAUUGCUCAACCUGGUGCAGUUUCAGGGUGUGACUGUGGGCCGCCCAAAUGCAGUGUUGUGUAUUAACUUUUAAUAAACUGUUUAAUUAAAAUAAUGUGUAGGAUAAUACAAAUCCCAAAUGCUUGAAUAUUCCUUGAGUUAAUGCUCUUACAUCAUUCUGCUUUGUGCUAAAAAAUGAGAAAAAAAGUAGGAAGUGUAUUUUAGAAACCUCUUUCAUGCAGAGUAUUUGGGCCUCCAGUAGUUAUACCCAUGUUGAGUAUGCACGUGAAGUUGCACAUUAAGCUUGAGCAAACAGAUAUUUCUACUUCUAAUGAUGAAUAUGCUGGUCAGAAAUAGAAAAUUAAUAUUUAGUUUCUUUGAUUUGAUUACCUUUAUGCACUAGUAUUAAAGUAUAAUCAAGAGCCAUUGUUAACAGAUGCCAAGUUAGAAGUAUGAGUAGAAUAUAGUGUGUAAAACAUGUGUAAUCUGUCAACAGUCGCUCCUUUUGAAAAUGCGGGGAAUAGCGCAUAGAGGUCAAAUCACAUGUUCUUGCUUGUACGACUUUUCAUAUAUACAUUAAUUCAGUGAACACGAUAUAGUUGAGAUGAAUAAAUAAAAAAUUUAAUUCAGAUUUUCUUUUUAAAGGAAGAUGGUACGCGCAAGAUGAUAUAACAGUAACUUCAUCUUUUUAGUGUAAACUCAAAUUUACAAAUGUGUAUACCUCAGGUAUGGUUCAAGAAAUGCAGGGCUAGACUCAGAAAAAUGUGAAAGAACAAGGAGUUGUUGUUUGUAAGUGGAAAUACAUAAUUCACUUUCAGACUAGUAUUUGAUGACUAGAUCUUAACAUUACUUGUUCAACUUCUUUUAAAGUCUCUCUGUUACAUUCCGGAAAUCAAAUUUUCUCAUGAUCAUGUGUUAUCUUAUUUCCUUAUUGACUAAAUUAAUUCCUUACUAAAUCUGUGAUCUACCAAGUGCUGAGAAGUUCUCUUCCACAUGUCAUUACAGAAUAAACUUUUAGUCUUA